AUGAAGGACAGGCGAAGUUCGAGUAGGACUCCCUCGUUGCAGGGGCGCCGAAACGGAAGGGCACAUGGCAACGGCGACUCCGACCACCGUGGCGCGCGUCCUAUUGCUCCUCAAAGGCGCAGCGGCGGCGCCUCGUCUCGCUCGUGGUCACGCAAGCGCAAGGCCACGCGUCCCAGCGUCUCUGCCGAGGAUCGUAUGGUGCAGCCCAUCAAGCACGUCGUCCCGCUUGACCUCUCGUUCGGCAACUUCGAGUUCCAAGAAAUGAAAAGCCUCGGUAAGCGCGGUGGUGGUGUGCGUGAGCUAUCUUCGCUGCUGCGUCAGGCGCGUCGCAAGGCCGCUACGCAUGCGGACAUGCUUCACACACGACAAGGCGCCGAGAUGCGCAGCGAGGAUAUGCUCUCCGCGGCGAUGCAGCGGUCAGCUGGUAUGAAGGUGAAGGACGACGCGCACCGCAUCGCCAAGGCUCUCGCGAAGCGCCGCAGCAAGAAGCGCCAGUCGGCCAAGCGCUGGGCAAGCCGCAUCAAGCGCCUGGAGGACUCGGUCGAGAACGUCGUGAAGGACCGCUCCAUUCAGAGGCAGACAAUGAAGGCGCGCAAGGAGGCCAAGGUCCGCGCGAAGGAGAAGAAGCGCGAGACUACCGGUGGUGGCGGUGCCGGUCGCGGCAGCGGCAGCGGCACGAAGAUGGGGGCAAAAAAGCAGAAGAGCUUCGGCGGGAAGAAGCAGCGCAAGGGGGGCAGUCACGGCAGAACAAAGCGCUGA